AUGCCUGUAUCUGCUCCCUCCUCACAACUCAUGCUCUUUCUCCUUCUUAAUCCGUUCAAUUUCUGUGUUUCUGUACUGGAAAUGCAGACUCCAACAGGCAAGAUUUGCCUUUUGCGAGCGCCAGUUCCAAUGGAAGGUUCUCUUGGUAACACUCAGUUAAAAGUUUAUUCCGGAGAUAACUCAAAAAUUUCGUUUGAUGGAUGUAAUCCUUUGGUAACCAAUUAUCAGGGGUCUUCAUCCCAGUUCCUCUGGUUUCAGGCCACGUUCCGAGUGCGUACGUCCGACGGAAAAGUUCUUCAGUCAAAUUUUGGAAAUUACUGGGGCUCAUUCAUGGCUAUGUCCAAUAAGAAAUAUUUCUUAAUUAACCAUGAGGAUGUUCAAAAAAUCACCAGAGCUACCAGAAAUUCAGUACGCCCGGAUGAAGUUCAGGCGGCUUGGACCGAGAAUUUGUCAUCAAUGACUAAGUUUACCGAGAAAUUCUCAAAACAAUUGUAUGUCAGAGUACUCCCGCCUCUGACUGAAAAAAGCGAUCAAAUGUGUCGUGUGUUCGCUGAAGAAGUUCUCGAGGUCCUAUGCAUCCUACUACGUCAAGAAACUCCGAUUCUCAGCCGUCUUCAUGCAUUGAAUGAUGCGUGGAGUAGCAAGACAGCCGAGUGCCACACAACUAUCGACAUGGAGCAGUUAGAGCAAGUUCUUGACGAAUUUGGGAUCAACAGAAGUUUUCUAGUUCUUAUCCAAGACCCUGUACUCGUGAUUACUGAAUACAUAUACUUUCAAAAUGGUGGUCACAUUGUAACCUACUCACCAAACAUGGAAGUUGUAGCAGAUCCAUUCAAAUCGCUGAACUACGUGUUCAUGAAGUUGGUGCUUGGGAUCAACUGGAGAAUGACAGCGUGCUCAAACGAAGAGUAUGCUCUCAACAUGAAGAACAACAUCCUUGAGCUAAUGAAAAGUGUUGAAAACAUAGAUGAGCACUGCUACUUGAGUUCUGAUGCUUUAAUGGUGAAUGUAACCAAAGUCCGGACGAUGCGCCCUGCAACUUAUCCAAACCCAGGGAAUCCUCAUUGUUAUCUUUUCAAACAAUUUCCACCACAUCUACAGUUCAAAACAUGGAACUAUGAACAAAUCGUUAAACUUUACGAUCUACAAAAGUAUCAAAACUUCAUUUCUACCUCUAUAGACAAGUUCAUACCUGUCUGGAUGGCUCGCUUUUUUGUUACAGUUGGUUGGUUGGAGCAGUUUUUUUGCAAACCAAGUGACAAGGUGCAUCAGAUUAAAAUGAUCGAGAAUCUUUUUCUUUUUGUGCCUAAAUCGGAGCACGUAGCCGCUAGAACCUUCCUGGAAAUUGUUAUCAGCAAAAGUGAUGUGUUCUCUAAACCCGACAGCAGUAGUGAAUUCAAAAGCGAGUCAAGAAAAGAACAAAAUGAUGAGAAACAAUAUGAACAAAUGGAAACGUGA